AUGGAUACUAAUGCGCUUAUCGAUCUCGUCUAUAAGACCUAUAGAAUGGUCCGUCUCUAUUAUGCAUUUAAUACCGUUCGUUUUCCUCGUGUAGGGAUAGUCUAUAACGACUACGCUAACGAGAAGGUUACUAAGAAGGUAACGGCCCUUAAUCUUAUAUAUAAUAAGACUAAAGUUCCCGUCCUAAGAAAUCCUAACGCCGAGCGCCCUACUAGACUUAUAAGGGAGAACAUUAGCGAUAGUAACAUUGAACUCUUUGAGCUCGAUUUCGACCGGAUCGAUAACCGAUGCCAGGGGUUUAUAACAACGACCGAGUAUUUUCAAUAUCCAAACUCUGUUUUUGGUUUAUAUAACGCGAAAAACAAGUAUAUAGCGUUUAAGGCCCUAAAAGCCCUAAUACCUAAGUUAGUAAACGCGAAGUAUAACUACUAUAAGUUUAAGCUAAUAUACGACGAUCUUAGCUUAUUAUAUAUUGGACCCGCCCAGCUAUUUGGCUUAGUACCAUGCGCGUGGGACUACGAGGGCGAUAAGCCGCCUAAGAUCGCUACCUGGUACUUUAAGUACCUAGAGAUGUUUAUCCGGCAUAAAGAGAGAGAGCUCUCUAGUCUCCUAUAUAUACUUCUCUUAUCCGGCUUUAACGACUAUCGGGCUACUAAGUGGGCGAAGCGUAAGGAGGAAUGUAAUAACCUAGAAAAGCUUAAGGCAUUCGCGGCGCAAAAGGUUAGAGAGUUAGAUAAGUAUAAUAAAGCCUUAGAGAAGAGGGAGGGGGAUAAAGUACUCGUGGAUAGCGGGAAGAUGAUAAAGGAGGUAUUCAUUAUAAACGCUCUGUACUAUAGUUCGUCAUCGUUAUUUGUAAGUUAG